CACGAAGAAGAAGAUUUUUAAUAGCUGUGUUGGCUGAUAACAAGGGGGACAUCUGGUUUGAAAUUAAGGUCAGCUGCCACAUAGUGGUCGCUCUCUGACACUUUACUGUGUCUGAGCUGAGCCGCUGAGUUUGCGCUAGCUCUGCGGCUUUGUGGACCGAAUCCAGCCGGGCAAAACGGCUAAACAACCACAGACGGUCGAGAAACACACGUCUGCUUUCAGCACUGCUGUGCUUAAUACCAGGGUAGAAAUGGGUGCUCUGGGCAGCAGAUUCCAGUCUAAUUCUCAGGGACCGGAGGAGGCAGAAGGGGGUGUGUCCCCCAGUCGAAAACAUGGAUGUGACUGCAAGAAGAGGAAAAGGAAUGUCAAUUGCUAUUGUGAGGCUGAACAGGAGGACGAGGAUGCCUUGCUUGAAAUACCUCGCAGGAAAAAAUUGAAAAGCACGUCGAAGUAUAUCUAUCAGACUUUGUUCCUGAAUGGGGAAAAUAGUGACAUUCGCAUCUGUGCCCUGGGACAGGGGUGGAACCUCCAUAAAGUGUACUUGUGCCAGUCAGGGUAUUUCUCAAGUAUGUUCAGUGGCUCCUGGAAGGAGUCCAACAUGAUGGUAAUUGAGCUGGAGAUUCCAGACCAAAACAUCGACAGAGAAGCCCUACAGGUCGUAUUUGGAUCCUUGUACCGGGACGAUGUGUUGAUCAAACCCAAAAGGGUUGUCAAUAUCCUUGCAGCUGCUUGUAUGCUCCAGCUGGAUGGCCUGAUCCAGCAGUGUGGAGAGACGAUGAAAGAAAAUAUCUGUGUGAAUACGGUGUGUGGCUACUACUCUUCUGCUAGUGUUUACGGCCUGGAUUCAGUCAUGAAAAAGUGUCUUGAAUGGCUUCUAAACAACCUUAUGACUCACCAGAAUGUUGACCUAAUGAAAGAACUGGGGGUUGAUAUAAUGGAGCAGCUCAUUCAGUCAUCUGACCUGUUCGUCAUGCAAGUGGAGAUGGACGUAUAUACCGCUUUGAAAAAGUGGACGUUCUUGCAGCUCAACCCAUCUUGGGAUGGCCCCAUUAAGCAGCUUUUAGCUGAUGCUGAUGCUUGGCUUUGCAAACGAAGGACAGAGCUGUGUGAAAAAGAGCCCUUCUUGAGUACAGAGGAGGGUGCAAGUUUUGCCUCUGUUUUCAAGCACCUUCGCCUCCAGUACAUCGUGAAUGACCUUGCCUCGGCGCGUGUACUGGAGAGAGACAAUGUCUUGCCCCCUUAUUGGUUGACAUCCGUUUACAAGAACCAGUGGUUUGCCAUGCUGCGGACAGAGUUUGACAAUGAUAAUGGUCCACAGGAAGCUAAUAAAGAGGAAAUUGAGACAUGCAGUAUGAGGUGUGGCAGGAAACUGACUAAAGAUGGAGAUUACUGUUGGCGUUGGACGGGCUUCAAUUUUGGUUUUGACCUGCUGGUUACAUACACAAACCGCUUUAUAGUUUUCAAAAGGAAUACCUUGAGUCAGCCAUGCGGAGGCGCUGUGAGUCUGCAGACCCGGAGACACCUGGCAUAUAGAUUACGCCUCGCCUCAUUUGAUAACAAUGGAAAGCUGGUUUGUAGUCGCUCAACAGGCUACCAACUCCUCACCCUUGAGAAAGACCAGGAGUAUGUUGUGAUGAAUUUGGACAGCCGUUUGCUGUCAUUCCCCCUUUACGUGUGCUGUAGCUUCCUGUACACAUCGCCUCCUCUACCAUUCCCUCGAUAACUCUGCACUUCCGUACAACCUUGCUGACGCCAACGUGGUCUACAAUCCAACUGGUUCAUCCCACAAGAAGUUUCACUUAUCAAAAAUCACUCUUUGACUUUGAAAAUGGCAUCUGUAUGACAACUACCUGAGUUAACCUUAAGAUGACUUUUGUAAUAUUAUUUAUUUUUUACUGCAUUAUGUGGAUUUGUGUUACACAUUUUUUAAAUAUGUCAACUGCCAAUAAAGCUGACCCCGAG